AUGGCCAAAAGGGCCUGGUCUUGGGCGCCCACCAGCUCGAGAACGAUCUCGACUAUCUUAAAGGCGCUGGCAUCGAGCUCUUGUCCGAGGCUGAUUCUCCGAAAGAUGGCCAGGCUCGGGCCUUCGAUUUCUUGUUGGUCCCAAUUUUUGGCAAAUGUCCCUUGCGGACGGGCUUGUCCGGGACAAUGGGUUAGUCGUGUCGUCCCUGGGGCUAGAAACACUGGCGGGCUGCGCCUGUUGAGCAACUACAGGAUCGGGUAUGAAGAGGAGCGGGCCCGUGAAGAGCCCAAUGUGCAAGGCGGUCGGAGGAGACGAGGGAAGCGCUCAAGGGGCAGGAUGACAUAUUCCAAGAGCCGGUGGAGGAGUCUGGAGUGGUUCGACGGGAACUACCCGACACAUGGUCAAGAAUUUGCGGUGUACAAUAUGGAGGAGAUGGAAGUGAGGAUGGAGGAUUAUGUUGUUUCUUGA